UCAGGUCUACCGAAGCAGGCAGCAGCUUUUAACAUGUAAUGACAGGCGUAAAACGUUGUUUGUCGACAGGAAAACGGAAUGACCACGGAGCCUGCCGUGAACAAUGACCGGCAGAGUUUUCCUAAUACAUUUUCCCCGCCAGGAAAUCACAGAAAGGAAGGAAAAUAGAUUCUAGAUGUAGGUCAUUGUCUUAAGGUUCACAGAAAACCAGAGCAGCAGAAAACCAGGAGAAGGAUGAAGAAGACUUGGAACAGUGCAAACAAGGAGCCUAGUACUCCUGGCGGGAUCACAUUAGAUGGACGCUUCUUGCUCCAGUUACACUGUGUAGAUGACCCGUCUCAGCUCUGCUCUGUCGACAUCAGCGAGCAGAAACUGAAUUCUGUCAAGCCAGUGGAGCUCAAGGCCUUUAAAAACGUAGCCUACAUUGAUGCAUCUGAUAACUUCCUCUCUUUAGGUUUGUUUAGCUGUUUCAUUGGUUUGAGAGAACUUAUUCUGCCUUUAAACAGAAUCAGCAACAUUGCCUUUGAUGCUGCUGAUUUCCCACAUUUAGAGAUCUUAGAUUUGUCCUACAACCGUUUAUCAUCUGCGGAUUUACUCCUCCUCGGUCAGAUCCCACAUCUUAAAACUCUUCAUCUGACUGGAAAUCGGCUCCUCAGUCUUCCUCCCAAUUGUGGUGGCUUGCACAGUGACCAGUCUUAUCUGUUGUCUGAAGAGGGAGCCAAACAGUUUGAAGCUCUCGAAGUCCUGAUGCUUGACGAUAACAAACUGACCUCUAGGGUCUUUUACAGCCUUAGAAACCUUAAGAGGCUGAAGCAUCUAAACCUUCAGGGGAACCGUAUUUCUGAAAUACCUUGUAUGGAAGUGACGGAGAGUUCAAAACCUGGGCCAAUUUCUGCUUUGAGGCAAGGUGAAGAGGAAGCCCACGCUGAGUCUAAUGUCGAUCACCUCUUCAAGAUUAUUGAGCUCUUUCACACAGACAGCGAGGACGGCUGUAGAGGUUCCAGUCUGUUUCUGCCUGAGCUUCAACGCCUCAGUCUAGCUGACAACAAGAUCGCUUCGGAGGAAGCUCUGAUUGCUGCUGCUCUUUUCCCAAAGCUUUGUGAAUUAGAUAUUCACUCCAACCCUCUAAUCACACACAUGAGAGGAGACAUGCCUUUACUGACUUACCUCCAAGAGAGGCUUGGAAUUAAGGUAAAGAGAAAGAUGUCUGAAGAUGUUGUGAAGCUCCCUCAGAAGUUGUCUACUUAUCCAGGAUGGAAGGUUGAAGAAAACACCUCAAAGCUGUCACAGAGGCCAUUUAUACUGGGUGCAAUGUGUGUGAGACAUAUUCAGGAUAACAAAAGUAGACAGAGGGAUUGGAGAACAACACGUUCUGAGGACAAGAAUAAAAGCAAAUGUCAGGAAAAUGCAGAACACUUCUUUAUUACUCAGCCAGAAGAUAAAGCUGAGCUUCAACUUGAUUCUUCGUCAUAUCAGAAAGAAUCUCCACAGAACAAACAUGGAAAUGGAACCAGUCCAGGACAAUUCCCAUGCUACGACGUGUUAAUGGAUGCAAAACCAAUUCCCUAUAUCGGAAUUCAAACAGCUGUUCGGAUGCUGGAGCAAACAUUAAGGAAUCCAAACAUCUACAGAGACUCCAAACCAAGACUUGAUAGCAUCCAGACACCAUACAGAGAAAUGAAAAAGAGGAUAAAGGAGCUUCCACCUCUGAGACCAGUAAAGAAGCCGGCUCAUAGGGCUGAAGAGCUGAUCAAGGAAAUAAAAGAGAGUACAACAGUCAAAGUUGUAGCCUUAGGCAGUGCUAUACACAGCAGAGGAGUUAACAAGGAGGAUUAUAAGGAAGCUUUAUUUCUGCUGAGGGAUAUGAAGAAAAAGCAAAAGAUGCUCCAUGAGAAAACAAUGGAACAAGAAGCCAGGGUUCGAUUUGAGCAAAGUACAGCUGAACAUCCACCUUUCUAGAUGCUGUCUUAUGCAGGAGCUUUGGUGGCUUCAUGUCGACCAGAACUGCACCUUGAUAGUGUUGCUAUGGGUGGAGUGGAUGAAAAUAAACCUCACGUCAAAGAUAA